AGCCUGUCGGAAGCCCGUCGGAAGCCCGUCUUGUCACAUGACCAAAUAGCUAAUCACGUGAUUAAUAUUACAGUGGGCAGCCGCGGUCGGCGAUCUGGCGGAGGUCAAACCAACCUCCCCGCAAAACCGAUCACCUAAUCCGCCUCUCGCCUGCGACCACCGCUUUGUUUACUUUUCUGGCUUCCGCAGCGGACCUGUUCUUCUCUGUCUGAUAGUCUCGUGACUCGGUCACCGUCUACUUCUCCAUCCACAAUCUACUCUCCGUCGGCUCGAGUGCUCUCGUUCGGAAGCAUGCCGCAUUCUCCCGCCUCUCCUGGCUCCCCCUCCUCUGUCGUGUCUACCUCCACCACAGGCCAUGCCUCGAGGCCUCCUCCUUCACAAAAACCGCUGUCGUCCUCGUCAGCCUCGUCAGCCGUGCGCAUGACCGGUACUCCCGGUGUAGGAUCCACGCCCUCGUCUGCUGAGAUGCGCAAACUGAAGAGGCGCGUGGAUCCAGCUAAACGCAAACGUAUCGCCUUGGCUUGCGACUCUUGCAAGCGUCGGAAACAAAAGUGCAACGGCGAACAUCCAUGCUCCAUCUGCCUCAAGAAGAACUUUUCCUGCCACUAUACGCCAACCCGAGCAGACCUCCUUCCUGGCCAAACUCCCACAGUAUCAUUUUCCUCGCCGUCGCCCAAAUCUGCAUCCGGAACGGCCGACGAUCGCCAGCAGUCUGCCGCCGUGUCUCAAUCGCCUGAGCCUGAGCUGAAAUCUGAGAACCGAAAGUAUGAAGAUAAGCAGCAGAAGCUUGCACGGGCGGACUCGGCAUCUGCUAGCGGCGCAGAGAGGAAUAGUGGUGGCGGUAGCAGCAGCAAUAACGUCAAUAGCGGCAGCAGAAACGUGGUACACGACGAGUCAAUGUCGGAUUCCUCUGCGUCGCCUAGGUCCCCGAGAUCGCCUGAGUCACCUGUUCAAGUUCAGCAGCACCAGCAGCAGCAACGUUACCAUAGAAAGAGAUCUCAUAGUCGAUCAGAAUACCAGGUAGAGACAGUUGGCGACGGUCGUAAUACUCGUCUGCUGUGGGACGAAAAAGGACAUUUGCGAUAUAUGGGAGAAAGUGGCGUUACCUCUUUUCUCGAGCAGUCGCGGAAAGCGUUUAGAAAAGUCAUGGGUGAUUCGUCAUUUACUCUCGACCCUGCCCAGUUCAGAUUCAUCGACGGGCCAACUCACACUGCUUCAAUAAUACCUCUGCAACUGCCGCCCAGAUCUCUUACAAAUGAACUGAUCCAGGCAUUCGAAGACAACGUGCAGGCAUUCGACUAUGUCUUUGAUAUGGAUCACUUUCGGUACCAGGUGGCACAGACGUUCAGAAAUCCGAUGGGUGCGCCGCGACACUGGUUAUGCCUACUUCACUUCACUUGCGCACUUGGUGCCAUUUUCGUGAGCUCUAAGCACGAGCUAGACACGACCGACAAAAUGAACCUGCAGUCGACGUUUGCAAGCAUCAGCGAGAAUAACGCGUCUUCCCAAUCAGGUGCAGGUGGAUCAAAAGAAGGUCAAAGCCGGAGUAUCAUUGAUCCCAGCGUGUUUUUCGAGUCUGGACUCGGUCUGAUGAAUGAUGCCGCUGAGGAUGGAGAGUUGUGGGUUGUACAGGCUUACUUGCUCAUGUGUUUGUACUAUCAAAUCAUUUGCAAGCGUAACGCUAGUUGGAUCCAGCUUGGUGCUGCUAUCCGCUUUGCUCAAGCUCUGGGAAUGCAUCGGAAGUGCGUGAACUUGACCUUCCCCAAACCCCAGCGUCUGAUGCGGCAGAGAUUAUGGCGUACGCUUUAUAUUCAAGAUAGAUUUUGGUCUUCUAGUUUAGGACGCCCUCUGGCCAUCGACGAUUGCGACUGGGACGAUCGAGAUACAACAGAGCUCGUGCAGCUUGAUAGAACCGCUGUCGAGCUCGGCAAACUUUGUGAAAUUAUUGGCGACAUUUGUCUGCUGGUUUAUAGACCACAAAGUAUUUCGUCGUCAACUUCUCAGCGUCUAGCCACUCGGUUAAGAGAAUGGAGCGACGGUUUGCCUGCGGAUAUCCAGUUGUCAUCGUUGAACCUCAACUCACCAGAUGGCCGGAAGUUAGGAAACGGAUCUAUGAGUGACGAGGCCAGACGCAGGCUUAUUUCCAACCAAGGACUUUUGAGGCUCCAUCUGACUCACCUGAACAGCAUUAUUCUUCUCACGCGUCCUUUCUUUUUGCUUAUGGUUGCAAAGACUCCUUCUGAGAUUCCCGCUCAAGCGAAAACCGUGUCGCGCUUGUCGUCAGCAUGCGUGCUGUGCGCUGCUCGAUCGGUCGAUUUGGUAAUGACCUUCUUUGCGCAGAAUCAGCAGCCCAUUCGAUCACACUUGAUGACGUAUUUCAUCUUCACCGCUGGAAUCGUGCUGUUGCUCGAAUCGUUCCAUCAGCGCAGAUCAGAAGUCGAGUCGUACAUCACUCGCGGUAUCUUCUUGUGUAUUUUUAUUUUGGGUCAUUAUGGAAAGAUCGAUCCGUCUGCGAAACGUUACCGCAACAUUCUGCAAGAGAUGGACAGGGCUGCGCGCGCAUCGCGAUCGCUCAACUACGCUGCGAACGCGAACGCAUCAGACGCAGCAUCGGUGGCUCAGAAGAAACACAUUUCUCAGAUCAACAGUCUCCUGAACUCCACUACGCCGGCUAACAGCUCUGGCUCGUCCACUUCAGAUGCAAACGCAAUCUCUGCAGCAGGUUCGACUUCAGCCUCGACCAGUGGCACGGGAAUUACUCCCGUCGCUGCGUCGGCCGUCUUGGCUGCGGGUUCAGACACAUCCGGCAGUGCGUUCCACUUCAUGCCUACGCCUCGUAAUAGCAGUAUCCGGUCCGAGUCCUUGCCACGCAAGCAGUCAUCCGAGGAGAAUAACAAUUCGAACACGGCUGCUGCUGCGGCUGCCGCUGCUGCUGCGGCCGCUGCGCAGGCGUAUCAGCAGGCUGCUAAUACUGACUACUACGACGACGAAAAGUAUCUACACGAUAUGUUGGGCUACGGAUAUAAGCAGAGCGGCAGCGAAAGCUCGAACAAUCUCUCGAGAAUGUUUUUGAAAGCCGCGGCUAACGAUGGACGCUACCAAAUCCCAGACUCCCCACUGCCGGUCGGUAAUAGCAGGACUGCGUCUGUGAACGUUGGCGCUGACGGCGAGCGCGGAAUCGCGAUCCCUAGCUCCGUCUCAUCCUUUUUGUCGCCGAUGCAGCAAAGUCAGAGUGCUUCAAACGGUAGCGCAAACAAUGGAAGUGCAUCAAACACUCCCGGAAGUAGCAAGGAGUCGAUCAACAUUUCUCCUGCCGAUGCGAUGUCUCAGUUCUUGAUGGACGAUACGUUUGGAGUCGGCGGAUCGGGUAACGGAGAGCCGAACAUGGAGUUCUCAUUCGAUCUUGACAUGAUGGAUUGGAUCAACCUCGCGUCGACUACUGGUACCAGUGGCACCCCAGGAGCGACUACUACUGCCGCCGCUACUGCAACAUCAGCCGGGCCAGCGUCCACUCCCGGUGCAACUGGAUUUGUCGAGGCUGUGCGAAAGGCUAACGCUGACUUGUUCAAUGGUCCCGGAGGGGCAAGACAAGGCGUUGGUGCACCCGGGUCUACUGCUGGUGCCAACGGAAACGGCACAGGCCAAAGUGCAGGACUAUACGCGAGUGACACCGUCUUUAGAGGACUCAUGAUGAACGCAGAGUACUAAUUUAUUGUCUCCUUUUCUACCUUUUGAUUUCUUUUCUUCUUAUUUUCAUUUUUGUUUAUGAGUUGUUAUAGCUUCAUGAGAUUGGCACUUGGUGUACAUUGGGUUGUUUUUGUUCUUUUUACUUUUACGAAAAUUCUUUUCUGGUUGCCGGUAGAUUGGCGAAAGUUUUAGUUGCUACGAUACAGAUAUUUCUGAAAUAAUGAGCGCAUUUUUUCCUAUAUUCGGGUAUAAUUUAUAGAUAUAUUUGAAGUUCUUUUUAUGUUAUAUAACAGCAAGUCGUUUGUGCUUGAUAAAUGAGACGGCUUAACUGCUCCGAUAAAGUAAACGAUAAAAAUUACGAAACGGGCGGCGCGUCGAGUGUGUUU